AUGGGAACUAGAAAACACAUAUCAGUGAAUUUACGUGACUUACAAAGAGUUAUGAAUGAAGAAGAAGACGAUCCGCCCAAUUUCGGCUCCGAAAAACCUAACAAGUUUGGCGCAGCCAAAACGUUUGAAUACAAACUCUCAAAUAAUCGUUGGGAAAAUGAAGAUAACGAUGAUGACUUCGAAUUACCGGGAAUGGAAAGAAAAUCAGCAUCUGAAGUAGAUUUCACAAAUAUUAGACAAAUUGCUAAACCAAAUGUAGAAGCAAAACCAACAACUUCGUAUACACCUCCAAACGAGAGUGUAACAGUUGAUGAUAACUGGAGGUCCAAAGAAUUGCCAAAGGUUAAUGAAUCGCCAGAUUGUUGGAGAAGUUUAGGACCCACAGAAAGUACAAAAACCAUUUCCGAUGAUUUUAGAAACAUGUUCAAUCGGGGAAAACCUAACAAAGAUUAUGAAUUUACCAGAGAGAAAAGUGAGGAGCAGAAAAAACUAUAUGUGCCAAAAUUUAAGAGGGAUAUAAGCCCAUUGAAAAAUGAUAGAUUCAGUUGUUUUGAUGAACCUAGAGAUCAUCAAUCUCCAAUAAGAGGAUCCAGUUAUAGGGAUUAUGACGGGUUUUCGAAGUUUGAUUAUGAUCGCAGAAAUGCCAGAACCCCCCCUAAGGCGGACAGACCAAGAGACGAUUGGGAUUUUCCUGAGAAAACCAGGAAUGAUAGGACAAAUGAUGAUGAUAGGAAUAGAAAAUCAACUUUUGUAACAGAAAGUCCACCAUCCGAAGAUAAAACUGGCAAUGAAGGGCAGAAAAAAGGUUUAUUUGUUCCAUCAUAUAGAAGAAGCACCAAGAAAGAGGAAACGGUGGAAGAUAUUUUCAUGAAGGCAGCUGGCAUUACACCGGAAACAGAAAAACCGAAAAAGGAAGUAUCUGAAACAGAAAAGGCUAAGAAAGAGAUACAAGAUAACCAGAUUUUACAAUCCAAGAGGAAUGAAGUAGCUAAACAUAACAAUCUGUUCAAAUGUAGUCCUGAAACAGUAACACUAAUAGAGGAGUAUGUUUUGUCACUUUUAGAUUCAGAGGAAAAUGAAGAAUUCCCUGAAUACUGUGAAAGUGAAUCUUUGGUCCCUUCGUUGGUAACAUGUGUGAUAGUUGCCAAAAACUGCGAAAACUGCAAAACUCUGGAGGAUGUUCGUCAUAAAUUUGAGAGAGUAAAGAAGUGGCUUUUGUAUACAACACAAGAUCAGGAUACAAAAAGAUUGUUAACUGAGCUUGUGAAAUCAACACAUCGUGAGACUCAUACUUAUAUAUUUAUUUAUUGGGGGUACCCUUCACUAUCGGAAUCAGUAUAUUUGGUGGAAGGAGUGUUUGAUUCUUUGUACUUGUUGGGAAUUGUAACUAGAGAUGAAUUUUUGCAAUGGUUUGAAAAUGAUGUUGACGAGAUUCCUGAUCGUGUAACACUAUUAAUACAGCUUAUGAAUUGGAAAAGGUGGCUUGCUGGAGAGGGUUUGGAUCAGGUACCUGUAGAAGAAUCGGAAUCUGGGUCCGAAUCCGAAGAUGAUUCUGACAUUGAGGCAAAUGUACCCAAACCAAUCAGGCUAACAAAAGGGGUUAAAUUUAAGUGA